AUGUUUCCGCCUUGAACUCGCUGUCUAGAUUACAGUUUUCAGGUGAUUGACUGUCGAGUCUCUCUCUCGAGACUCGAGAUAGCUUCAUUCUCAUCCAUCGCUGUAGCGGAGUCCCCCGCGGAUGUGGAAAUCUCCAGACCCUUGGCAAGGCUGAGAUGCGGGUCUUAGGUGGCAGUGCAUUCAUUCUCAGGAUCACUUGUGGCUGUGUCCUGCGCAAUUAAAAUCAGCCGCCUGAUAAUCGAACCGACGACAUUGUUGACCAGCCCCCUUUGCCUGGGUGCGUUCUUCUCAUUCCAGACCAUGCAAAUCACUCUGAAUUGACCAGCCGAAACGAUCUCGCCCUUGCCAGCAUUAGCCCCUCCGGCGCCGACACCUCUUUGACCGCGGAAUCGCAGAAACUUCUCCCCCGAGUCCCUUCAGCUGCCCGCUCAGCAUUCAAGUCUGAACCUACCCGGCGAUAACUGUUCGGGUGUGUCAUAGCGUUCCCUUGCCCAACCGGUUUGUUGGAAGCUCGCUGGAGGGUCACGCUUAUAGUAGCACCGGCAUUUGAAGCCGGGACCGUCUCCGGGCAAGAUGCUGUUGCAAGAGGUGGUCAUGGACAACGACUCGAGCCAGCCGCAAGAAAUACACGAAAGGCAUUCGGUGCCGCCCACCAAAUUGUCCAGAUCAGAUGUGGCUUUCCCUCUAGUAACGCCUCGGAAGCGUGCUCCUUCAGUAGCUUCGGUCGUCGACCUCGGCGUCGAGUCUUCACGUCAAGAUGGACAGACGGUGGGCGUGGUAACCAUUCGCGCGACGCAGUCGCCGUAUCUGGAUGCCGGAGACUCGUGCCGAGAAAAGGGGAGUGAUCUGUCUGUGCCUCAAGAAAGCGGUUCGAAACCUCAACCGUCGCUAAAUGACCUGCCGCUCGAAGUCCAAGGCAAAGUCCUCGACUUCAUCUUCGGGGACAUGCAUUCUGUUUACGCCGGAUCAACAUCACUGCGGGGCAAGAGCGUUUCGUCCCUGAUGCGACAUCCGCGGAGGAAGGCGGUCUCGGACUUUGCACUGGUCUCACCAGUCUGGCGCGAUCUAGUUCAAGAGCGCAUAUACCGACAUAUCAAGAUCAAGGGUACGCGGGCUGGACUGAAAGAGUCUGAGGGCUUCUUCAGCUCUCAUCCCCAUUUGAGGAAGCUCGUCCGCCAUAUCGAAUUUUGGGUACCCGUCUGGGGAGACAAGGCCCCCUUUUAUGAUUUCUCUGUCAACCCGAUCCUCCCCAUGUCGGACGCAGAACAAAACAAUGACUUCUAUCCCCAUUUGCAUCUGGCAAACGGAAGAGAUCUGACCCCAGUCGCCGAUCUGUUAGGCUUCAGCUUCAAAUUAUGUGCCUACUCUGCAACACUAUCGGAAAUUUUUGCGCACAUCAACGAUUUCUUCCCUGAUUCCCGUGUGUUCACACUAGAAGGGGGCCACUGCAAGAAGUCCAACAUGAUUCGGCACUUUCCAAAAACACUCUUCCCUGACCCGAAUCAGCGUCUGGACAGACUACCAAAUAUUCGCACCUUCGCUAUGCGUGGUGCCUGGAAUAUAAUGCGCAACUAUCAACAUUGGAAGACUAUUGAGGAUGCUCUGCCGAACGUUGAGGAGUGGCAUUGCGGCUACGCGAGACCUCGUGUUGAGGCGGACGCCACGAUCAAUGACAUCCUCACAUAUCUCCCCUCGAGACUUCGUCAUGUCAACAUCUCUCUUGAUGGAAUGUACAGCAAAGAUACAACGACACUUGGCUCAAGCUUUGCUCCUGGGUCGAGUGGUGUACAACGACAUCUCUGCGAGCACCUCGGUCGUGUCCUUCCACAACUCGAAUCACUCUCAUUCACGGGAAAGAUCUGCGAGUGUCUGUGGACUAGCGCGUGCUCUGCCCUCUCUUCUCAAGCGCAAAAAACAGAGGAACCCAGACUCAAGCAUCUCGAGAUAGUGGUAAAAUCGUGUUGUCGGCAACGAGUCACCGCAACCGACCCAACCACCGGAGAAACACUUACGCACGAAUUGGGCGGUGUCAUCGCCGAUGGUGCUGGAAUCACCAAUCUCGUCUUCAUCAAGGCGUUUGAACGCCUGGUCCUCAACACCGUCGAAGCGCUGCCUCUUUUCCCGAAUUUGGAGUAUGUGAGAAUCAGAUACAUUGAUUUGGAUUCUCCUUGCACGCUAUUAAACCCGUACUGGCUGUUGGAAAAGGGCAGGGUGUACGGUGUUUGGAACGAGGAGAUUGUGGAGAGGCUGAGCGAGUUGAUGCCUGACCUUGAGUACGAGGAGUUGGGUGAGGGGAUCGAGUGUCCAGGGAGCUACCAUAAGCCGUCAUCCUCGGAGUCGAGCUCUUCCAAUCCUCCCUCGACUGGCAUUGGGGGUCCGCCUCCUGAUGGUGGUCUUGGACCGGCGUCUCCGACAAAUCCCUUGGGAAUCAUCAUACCCAGCAGUCUUUAUCCAAAGUGGAGGCCACGAAGUAUCAAGACGAGCAGCUAUAAGAUUCUUGUUGACGCGAGGGGCGGUUGAGCUCCCAUUCCUUUGAGCUGUCUUCCAUGCAGAAACAGAGGACCGCUCGGAGGCUCAUAACGCCAUUUUGGCGGCGUUGAGGGCAUUGCUUGGCUCUUUGGACGAACAUUGGGAGUUUUGCAACCUCAGCUAUUGUCGACCACGAGAUCUAACUUUGCAUAUUCUGGACGGAGGGACAAUUGGCCAGCAAGUGACGAGCCGUGUAUGUAUUGAUGCGAUGAGGAAAUCCUAAUGUCAGGAGCGACAAAGGUCGGGCGGGGGCAAAAAGUUUCUUGCUUGGGUCCGAAGCCAUCUUUUUCUCGUUGCCAGCCAUCGAUCUGCAAUCAAGGGGCUUUUGCUCCGUCUCUGUGUUGCGCUGCGAUUCUCUGCGUCGUUUGUGUUUUGCAUGGCGUGAACUCGGCUUUUGAUUACCACAGUACCACGGCUCUGUUUACGAGAAAAUAUGGCGGGGGGAUAGCGUUCGAGGAAGGUGUUCGGUUGUGCAGGCGGCGGAAGACAUCUGGUCCGACCACAGGAAUAGGGCUUGCUGGAUUACAUGUUUUGGGUGAAACAAAUGGAUUGGACGGGAGGUUACUUGGAUUGAAGAUCAAACCCCAGAUUGACCAGCAGGGAGAAUAUUGGUGGGUAAUGUGUGUGUAUCCGGACGGGAUUAUGCUCUUUUGAAACCAAAAAAGUUCACAUUUUGCUUUUCACCCUCACACAACGGUCUCGGACGAGUCCUUUGAGAGUUUCUGACAUGGUCACUAGUCGCACAGUCCCUUAACUCUCCAAAGCCCCUCCGUGGUCUGAUGUGCCCGGUUCAUGCGACGCAGGCGCUCACGCUGUGUGGGCUCAGUUGCUUUUCAACACUCGAUCCCUCGGCCCUAAAUGCACAUUGGCAAUCCCGCUCGUGUCGAUGCUAGCAUUCCCACGCGGCCUGUCGCGGGGUGGCCUCGCCUUGAGCUCGGAGACGCUCGCUGUAGCCCCCGUUCCCGUGGCUGUUGUCGGUGACGAAGAUUUGGUGCCUCGUUGCGCGUUAGUUGUCGCGGUCGAGCUUGGAGACCUGUCAACAACGUCGCCCACCACGAGCCCCAAUAUCCAACAGUUGAUCCCGAAGAAAGCGAGACUUGCCGCGAAGAGGCCCGGGACAAAAGAGCUCCUCCCCAAGAACUCGAGUUGAUAGCCCUGCUGUAGCCAGAUCGCCUGCCCAAGGACCCAAAGAGCCAAAGCCGUUAGCCCCAGCGAGGGCCUCGCGAGUAAUGACGAAUUGGGCAGGUAAAGUGGCAGGAAGAUGAGGUACCAGAGGAAAUACUGCGACGUGCAGACCUUAUUGAAAGUCACGAAAGCGAGGGUCUGCGCCAGCAUGGUUGUUGGAAGAUCGCGCUUUGCUAGACCAAUGGGGAUGAGGAUCGUGGAGAGAAGGAGCUGGGGAAUGAACGCGAAAGACUCGAAGGAGAUUGAUGAGCGCAGGUGUGCAAGCGUUGGGUUCGCCGACUGCGCCGAGGAGAGGUAAAGAAGGGUAUUGUACGGGGAGAAAUUGUGUCGGUGGUCGAUCCGAG